AUGUCUUAUACAGAGUGGCUCGUCUAUUGCUACCUCUCGUCACUCGGUGCCAUCCAGGUGGAAUCCACGACUGUUGCGGACAAUGAACGAUGUUCCCCGGUUGCUCUACAACAACCGGAGCCAAUGCUGAUGAUUUCUGAUCAAACCUUCGACAACUUCUCGCUCGAUUUCGCCAAUGCAUCUGGCUACCAGAGAGGUGCGCCAAACUAUACCACCGAAGAACAUGCCCCAAUCUUUGGUCGCAACGAUUACCUCUCACCGGCUCCACGUCAUCGGGACCUAACCCCCCUGACCUGGCAUCAAAUCAUGCCAAACCUCUCGGACGGUAUCGCCAACGCGCCUACAACCUCUUGGUAUGAGGAGACAAAUGUCAACUCUCCAUUGAAUGCACUGCAUGAGGCAACUCCUCAUAUAGGGCAGAUACCCGGUUACGAGACAAACCACUAUCAGCCAUGGGAAAAUGAAUACAGAUUUGCAACUAACAUGCAAGCGCGUCCGUUCAUCGCGAGCUCCAUCCUCUCGGAAAAUGUGUGGGAGCAAAGCGACCCGCUUUUUAGAGUUACGCUACGACCCAAUUCAACAAACGCCCUGCCACUUCGCCAGACUUGGAUCUGUGACUGGGUAGGCUGCUCGCGGACCGAACCCUUUCGCCGUAAGGGUGACCUGACGCGCCACAGAGUCACACAACACCUAUUCCCAGGGGCAUAUCAAUGUCCAGAGUGUGGGAAAAGAUGCAAUAGGCCUGAUAAUCUGCAGGCACACCGGCGAAAUGUUCACGGCCAGUAUUCUCAACGCUGA